CAUCUGCAUGUGAAGAAGGUUGGGAAGCAUAAGACAGCAGUGACAGGAUAUGAAGGUGAAGCAGUAUGAGGAGCGAAGAGGAUAGGGAAAGCAUGGGUGGAAAUCGCCUGCGUCUUCCUGCUCUUAUGAUACUUCUUCUAUGUUCGCCAGCUGUUGCUCACUCCAAAUGCGUCCUCUUCAACUUCGGCGACUCCAACUCCGACACCGGAGGGCUCAUGGCCGGCCUCGGCCUCUAUCUCGGCCCCCCCUCCGGUCGCCAGUUCUUCCACCGCCCCACUGGCCGCUUCUGCGACGGCCGACUCUACAUCGACUUCCUCUGCGAAAGGUUGAAGAUGAGCUAUUUGAGCCCCUACUUGGAGUCAUUACCAGGAUCAAACUUCACCCACGGGGUCAACUUUGCUGUAGCUGGUGCGGCCACCGAGUCAACUGCGAUCCCUUUCCCUCUCUCCACCCAAGUGCUCCAGUUCCUCCACUUCAAGAAUCGCACUCGCGAACUCCGGCCCCAAGGCUCUGGAUCACUGCUCAGCGAAAAGGAGUUCCAGAACGCAGUCUACUCCAUCGACAUAGGGCAGAAUGAUGUGUCCACUCCCUUCAGUGCAAACCUGAGCUACGCAGAGGUCGUCGUCAAGAUCCCAUCAAUCCUCUCCAGGAUCGGAGCUGCCAUUGAGCUGUUGCAUGAGAAUGGAGGUAGGAAGUUUUGGAUCUACAACACGGGCCCCUUGGGCUGUUUGCCGCAGAAGCUUGCGCUGCUGAAGAAGGACGACAGCGAGCUCGAUUCACUGGGAUGUCUUGCUGAUCUCAACGAUGCAGCCAAAGCUUUCAAUGCUGGACUGAGUGAGCUAUGCGACCGACUGAGAUCCGACUUCAAGAAUGCCACCAUCGUUUACACUGAUGUCUACGCCAUCAAACAAGAUUUGAUAGCAAACCAUACCAAAUACGGCUUUGAGAAUCCACUGAUGGCAUGUUGUGGGUACGGUGGACCUCCGUACAACUACAAGUUUAGGAUGACUUGUGGUGAGCCGACGGUCACCGCUUGUGCUGAGGGGUCUCGCUACAUUAGCUGGGAUGGUGUUCAUAACACUGAAGCUGCCAAUUCCAUCAUCGCAUCCAAAAUCCUCUCUGCCAAGUACUCCACACCUCAGAUUAAGCUAAAAGAUCUCUGCAAAGGCUGACAUCUGAAGCUGUAGUUCAGUUGUUGACAGUAAAAGUUGUAUGCAUUAUUCCUAGUAUCAAUUUAAACAACAGGAUCAACCUUACCUUCAUGGUUCUGUUGCUCUGUUUCUAACA